AUGACCUCCUCCCCUCCCACUUCCUUUACCCCCGCCAAGUCCCUCGGCCCCGACAUGACUCUCCAAACCCCACUCUCGCGCUGCGGAAAGGGUCCGGGGCUAGUGCUGCUACGCCCGCAAAGUCAUGCAUCUUGUAACGACCAAAAUACUGGGCUGGAUCCGGCUCCAUUGCAGAAGUGGGCCGAGGAGAGCUAUGCCGUGGUGCAGGUCACCAUCAACCCGGGUGACGAGUCGCCACAGGAACGGGUAACUCGAGCGGUUGACGAGCUACGUUCUUUGCCUGAGUGUGAUGAAAAGCAUCAGUUGGGGCUAUUGGUUUACGGCUCGAGGGACGACUACCCUCCCUCCUUCACCACCUUCCUUCGCGAAGUCGCGCGGUCUUUCGCAGCCGUGCUGUCCUUCUCCGAUUACAGCAUCCCCAACGUCCCCGUGCUUCUGCAUCUUGCGGGCCCAGUUGGUGACCAGACGCACUCGCAAGAGACGAAAGUCUACUCGUACCCCGAGGCCUCGUCCUCUCAGUUCAUCGUCCCCGGACAUGCCGAUUUCAUCGCCUCGGCGGCCGGAGUCGCACAUACGCGAUCUCUCACGUUCGUGAAGAAACAUCUGGACGGACCGUAUUUCGAUCUCGAGAAGAUCUGGGAAGAGCACACGUUCUACGAGUUUGACGAGCGGUCGGUCGAAAAGACCAUGGCGACGAUGGUGCAGGAGCCGUAUGUGAAUCACACGACGACGCUGACAGGGGGCAUUGGGCGAGCCAAACUCAGCAAUUUCUACCUCCACCAUUUCAUCUUCCAGAAUCCGGCUGAUACCCAGCUCGAGUUGAUCAGUCGCACGGUCGGCGUGGAUCGCGUCGUAGAUGAAUUUAUCUGCCAUAUGACUCAUAAUAUGCAGAUUGAUUGGAUGAUCCCCGGAAUCCCACCCACCGGCAAACUUCUCCACGUCCCCUUCACAGCGAUCGUCAACAUCCGCGGCGACAGGCUCUACCACGAGCACAUCGCCUGGGACCAAGCGACGGUGCUGGUGCAGCUGGGCUUGAUGCCAGAGUAUCUGCCCUAUCCGUAUGCGCUGGCGGACGGGAAACUGCCGGGGCCGGGCAAGAGGUUCGAGUAUCGUGUUCCGGCAGCGGGGGCUGAGUGUGCGACUAAAUUGCAGAAUGAGCAUUCGGUGGAGUCCAAUGGGAUGUUUGCGUUUGAUAUACGCGAGGUGGGUGCGUGA